AUGGCAAUUAAGAAAGCCCGAGAAAGAGGAGAGAACAUAAACCAAUUAUUAGAGCAAAGAAAAAGUUUAACCCAACAGGGUAUAAAUACAGGUAUAAACAAUAAACAAUUUAUACCCAAGAAAAAGUAUAAAUCAAACCCUAGUAAAUUUUCCUUCGAAAUACUUUUAUCCGAAAUCAAAAAGACCCAAGAAUUAAUCAAUCAGGAGAAACUGGAAAGGAUACCGUUUCAUUAUGAGAUUUCAGAGAUGGUGAGAGAAUGGCAGCAAGGAAUUAGUGAAAUCGAGCAAACCAUUAAGGAGUUAAUAAGCCAAAAGCAAGCCCCAAUA